GCCUAAAGCUGCCAUCAUAACCCCGCGCCCUUCGUCAUCCUGACAAUGGAAGACUCUCACACCAUAGUAACAGUGUUUCUGAUCCUUUGGGCUCUCAUAGUGUUGCACUCCCAAAUUGCUGAAUCACUCAAUAAUAUAGUGGUGAGUGAGUAUGGAGCCAAAGCGGAUGGGGCGACCGAUGAUAGCCCCGCAUUUCUGAGGGCUUGGAGAGAAGCUUGCAGCUCCACAGAGGAAGCAACGAUAUAUGUCCCCUCCGGCCACUACCUGGUGCAUCCCACGGCCUUCUCCGGUCCCUGCGCCAAUGACAACAUCACUCUUGUGGUCGACGGCGGCAGAUUGGUCGCCAGGACGGAGGCCGAGGGGUAUAGUGAUUCGUCCUACUGGCUCAUGUUUGAAAGCGUGAGGGGGCUGACGUUCAAGGGUGGGUACCUUGAUGGCAAGGGCUCUUCUCUCUGGUCAUGCAAGGCUGAAGAUGGGGAGUGCCCCUCUGGGGCAUCGACGCUACUUUUGAGGAACUCCAGCGAUUUGGUGCUGACCAACGUCACUUCCGUUGACAGUGAGCUCUUUCACAUUGUCAUCGACAUCUGCCGGAACGUAACCGUGGAAGGGCUCAAGAUCUUGGCCGCCGGCACGAGCCCCAACACUGACGGCAUACAUGUGGAGGAGUCAAGAUGGGUUACAAUCAUCAACUCGGAUAUUGGCACAGGAGAUGAUUGCAUUUCGGUUGGCCCGGGCACCCAAGACCUGUUGAUAGAGCAAGUAAAUUGUGGUCCUGGACAUGGAAUAAGUAUUGGGAGUCUUGGAAAGAGUGCUAAUGAAGCUGGAGUGAGGAAUGUUCAAGUGAGGAAUGUGGUGCUGACAGGGACACUAAACGGGUUGAGAAUAAAGGCAUGGGCCAGGAGCAGCACUGGGUUUGCACAAGCCAUAGUGUUUGAUGGGGCCACUAUGAACAAUGUGCAGCAUCCCAUCAUCAUUGAUCAACGCUAUUGCCCCCACGAUGGGCAAGACUGUUCCGAUGAUCAGGAUUCUGGAGUAAAGAUAUCACAUGUUACAUACACAAAUAUCAGUGGGACUUCAGCAACUGAUAUAGCAGUUGAACUCAAGUGCAGUGCUAGCAGUUGGUGCCAAGGGAUCAACAUGGCAGAUGUGCAGUUGACAUAUAAUGGCCAGCCCUCCACAGCCUUAUGCCAGAAUGCAGUUGGGACUGCCAGUGGCAUGAUGCUGCCACCAAGCUGUCUGCAGUCUUUAGAUACCUUAAACGUAUUACAUUGACGGUUUAGGACUCACUGGCCGCUGCCUUCCAAGUUAACAUGACGAAUUUAUCUUGUAAUCAAUGUCACAUGGCCGCGGUGUGCAGAAAUUUCAAAGAAACAUGGUUGCAGGUGCAGCGAGAGAGUGUGUAUGUAUAUAUAAUGCAAAGUCAUGUCCUAGAUUCCAAAAUCUGUAGCAUUCUAUUU